AUGCAGUGCGCCUACCCCAGCCGCCCCCAUGCCAUCGAGCUGUUGGGCAAAAAGCUGGUCCUUUGGCGCGACGGCGGCGGCGCGUGGCGCUGCCAUCAAGACGCGUGCCCCCACAGGCUCGCGCCGCUGUCCGAGGGCCGAGUCGAGGGCGGGCAGCUGGAGUGCAGCUACCACGGCUGGCGCUUCGACGGCGCCGGCCGCUGCACGCGCAUCCCGCAGUCGCUGGACGCCAAGGCGGAGGCGACCGCCUGCGCGAGCGGGCGCUCGUGCGUGACUGCUUACCCCCUGAAGGAGUACGCGGGGGUCAUCUGGGUGUGGGGCGACGCGUCGCCGGGCGCCGCGGCGGAGGCAGAGGCGACGCCCCUGCCUGUGCCGCGGGGACUGCAGCAGCAUGCUGAGGCCGAGGGCCCAGCGGAGGCCCCGGCAGAGGGCUCGGCAAAGGGCGCAGCAGAGGGCCCGGCAGAGGUUUCAGGGUACCGGCGGGAGCUGCCGUACAGCUGGGAUGUACUGCUGGAGAACGUGACAGAUCCUGCGCACUUGCCGCACAGCCACCACCGCCUGUCACCCACGCUCACGCGCGACAAGGCCGGCCCCAUGCCCUUCAUCAAGCAGCAGCAGCCGUCGCAGGGCGGCGCCGCAGACGAUUCCAGCGGCGCUGCGGUGGCUGCGGAGGCGACGGCGCGGCCGCUGUACGCGUUCGAGCACGCGCCGCCAGUGGGAUCGUUCGCGUUCCCAUCAGCGCUGAGCCCCAACGGCGUCGUAGCCUACAACGCCCCCUGCAGCGUGGUUUAUGAGUACGCGCUGCCCGGGGGCGCCUGCAUGUGGACGCUGAUCUACGGGACGCCCUGCGGCCCGGGCCGCUCCAUCGUGAUGACUGCGGGCUUCAACAACCGCCCCCCGGCCAUGUGGGGCGACCUGGCCAAGACGGUCCUCACCAACUGGAAGGCGCUCAGGCCGCUGCUCAUGCGGCUGUAUUUCCAGGCGAUACCAUCAUGGAAGGGCCACAUGAUCAGCAACAAGCUUUUCGACAUGGACAACGUGUUCCUGCACCAGCAGGACAUCCUGUUGGAGCAGCGCGGCCGCGGGUCCUGGGCCAGGGAUUACUACAUGCCGGAGCAGUGCGACUCGCUGGUCGUCGCAACCCGCAAGUGGAUUGACUCCAAGGCAGGCGGCGGCCCCGACUACGGCCCCGCCGCCGGCCCCAUCAAGCCGCUCUCCAAGCGAGACCUGCAGGACAGAUGGGCGCAGCACACGCAGCACUGCGUCACCUGCCUCGCCGCCAUGGCGGCCGUCCGGCGGCGCGCGCAGGUGGCCAAGGCGGCUGCGACGGUGCUGUUCGCCGGGCUGUGCGCGGCGCUGGGCACUUUCGGAGUGCCGAGGAUCCUCGCGGGCGGCGCGCCCGCGCUGGUCGCCGCGGCGGCGGCCGCGGGCGCCGCGGUGGCGCUCUGGGUGGCUAGGCGCGCGGCCGCGGCGCUGGAUCAGUUCACGCACGUGGAAUUCACUCACGCGGACAACCAUUGA